AUGUGCGGCCCCACGGUGUAUGACCAGACGCACUUGGGCCAUGGUCGCACUUAUACAUGCUUUGACUAUGUUCGUCGCAUUCUUGAGGAAUACUUUGGUCUGGAGGUGGAGCUUGUCAUGAACAUCACGGACAUCGACGAUAAGAUCAUCCUGCGGGCCGCGGAGACUGGCUGGCUAGCGGCCAACCCCGGCAAAGAACUGCCCACAGACAAAGACCAAAAGUCCAAGCUUGUCAUGGAGUGGGCCGCCCAACAGCCUGCUGAAGAGAAUAUGUGCCGCACCCGUGAAUUGUCCAAGUACUGGGAAAAGUCGUUCCUGGACGACAUGGCAGCACUCAAUAUCAAGAACCCUACUGUCAUUACUCGUGUGAGUGAGUACGUGCCGGAAGUGGUGGAGUUUGUCGAAGGAAUUAUUAAGAAUGGUUUUGCCUACGAGAGCAAUGGGUCUGUAUACUUCGACACGGCGGCCUUUGGAUGCUCGAAGGGCAAGGCAUACGGAAAGCUGUUGCCAGAAAAUGUCGGGCAGUCGGAGUUGCUCGCGGAAGGUGAAGGUGCACUGUCUGCUGGACAGACAGACAAGCGCAACGUCAGCGACUUUGCUCUUUGGAAAAAGUCUAAGAGCGGCGAGCCGUUCUGGUCCUCACCAUGGGGUGAUGGACGGCCGGGAUGGCACAUAGAGUGCUCUGCGAUGGCGAGUGACGCGCUUAAACACCUUGCCGGGGGUAAAAUUGAUGUUCACUCUGGUGGUAUUGACCUGCGUUUUCCACACCAUGACAAUGAGAUUGCGCAGUCCGAGGCGUACUUUGAUUUCUCGCAAUGGGUCAACUACUUUGUGCACACAGGCCACUUAAACAUUGAAGGCUUAAAGAUGUCGAAAAGCCUCAAGAAUUUUGUGAAGAUCCAGGAGGCGCUUUUGGACAACUCACCGCGCCAACUGCGCUUCUUGUUCUUGCUUCACAAGUACAACGUGCCCAUGGACUACAACGACAACUCGAUGGAUGAGGCUGUAGGUGUUGACCGUUUCUUCACAGAGUUUUUUGCUAACGUAAAGGCGCGUCUCCGCGAGCUUGGUGUGGAAAAGACGCAAAAGUGGACAUCUGUGGAGAAGACUCUGCAUGGUGCUCUGCUUGAUUGCAAGGACAAAGUUUUUCGCGCGCUAAGCGAUGACAUCAACACUCCGUUGGCGCUGCUGCACCUGCAGCAGUUGUCUAAGGAGGUUAAUCGCUACAUGGCGCGGGACAUCGAGGAGCAGGCGUCGAUGUUGAUUCGUGCAUGUGCGGAGUAUAUCACGCGCAUCCUGUCUGUGUUCGGCCUUGUCACGUCGGCCACGGACAUUGGUUUUCCGCUCAGCUCCGGCGGUGCUAGUGGUGCUGAUGAAGAGACUGUGCUCUCGCCAGUGCUUGAUAUUUUUGCGCAGUUCCGUGAUGAAAUUCGAGAGGCGGCACGCUCUGCAUCUGCUGACGACGGCGAUGCUGAGGCUCUGGCUCGUACGGUGCUGCGUCUUUGCGAUGUGGUGCGUGAUGAAAAGCUACCGUAUGCUGGUCAAGAGAAGGUAAAGAAAGAGGAGCAAAAGCGUCUGCGACUCGAGGAAGAGGCUCGCAAGAAGGCGGAGAUUGCAGAAAAAGCCAAGAUCUCGCCGAGCGAGAUGUUCCUGGACAUGAAGGACAAGUUUUCGAAGUUCGACGACAACGGUCUACCGACGCAUGAUGCCGCCGGCGAGCCACUGAGCAAGGGUCAGAUAAAGAAAUUGGUCAAGGAGCAAUCGAAGCAAAAGUUACUGUUUGAGAAGCACAACAGCGACUAG